GGUAUUCUAUGGUUGAAGAUUGUGGAAGAUCCUUUUAGUCAUUGUUGCUUUACUGAACAAACAUGCAGUUACACAUUAGAGGGGAUCGUACGACUAUCGUCGAAUCAAACGAAGAUGCAACUAUUGGGGAGAUAAAGAGAAAAAUAGUGCAGUUGGAGGGUGCUGCCAACACAGAAUUCAAUUUAUAUUGUUCUGGCAUUUUGUUAGGAAAUGAAACAUUAGUUGGAGAACUUGCCUCAAAUUCUCUAGAAUUAACAGUUUCUCUUCCUGGAGGUAAAGUGCACGGAUCUUUAGCUCGUGCUGGGAAAGUAAAAGCACAAACUCCAAAGGUAGAAAAGCAGGAGAAAAGCAAAAAGAAAACUGGUCGAGCCAAACGACGAAUUCAGUAUAAUCGAAGAUUCGUGAAUGUUGUUCAAACUUUUGGCCGUCGACGUGGACCAAAUGCUAAUUCUAAUUCAUAAGUAUAAAUGUAUAUAUCACGUUUCGUGAUCAUGAAA